AUGUCCUCUGGAUCAGUGAGCCUGCUCUUUCUCCCCCAGCUCUGGAGCCGUCGUAACACAGCAGAAAUAAUGAAAGAGGGUCUGUGAGCGGAGCUGAGUGGAGUGGGGAACACUGUCAGUGAUUGUGUCAGUAGGGGGGUUAGUGCCCCAGCCCAGUCACAGCUCCCCCAGAACCCCCCGGGCCCAUACCAUGUUUUCCUUACAUUUGGGAUUCUUAGGAACCUUGUAGACUGGGUCUAUAAAACUAUUAGUCCUAAUAUGUAAGUUAAAAUUGUAAUUACAUCUGAAUUAUAACAUAAUUACAUUUUAUCAUAAGUAGCUUAUGUAUUAGGCCUACAGUGGGGGAAAAAAGUAUUUAGUCAGCCACCAAUUGUGCAAGUUCUCCCACUUAAAAAGAUGAGAGAGGCCUGUAAUUUUCAUCAUAGGUACACGUCAACUAUGACGGACAAAUUGAGAAAAGAAAAUCCAGAAAAUCACAUUGUAGGAUUUUUUAUGAAUUUAUUUGCAAAUUAUGGUGGAAAAUAAGUAUUUGGUCACCUACAAACAAGCAAGAUUUCUGGCUCUCACAGACCUGUAACUUCUUCUUUAAGAGGCUCCUCUGUCCUCCACUCGUUACCUGUAUUAAUGGCACCUGUUUGAACUUGUUAUCAGUAUAAAAGACACCUGUCCACAACCUCAAACAGUCACACUCCAAACUCCACUAUGGCCAAGACCAUAGAGCUGUCAAAGGACACCAGAAACAAAAUUGUAGACCUGCACCAGGCUGGGAAGACUGAAUCUGCAAUAGGUAAGCAGCUUGGUUUGAAGAAAUCAACUGUGGGAGCAAUUAUUAGGAAAUGGAAGACAUACAAGACCACUGAUAAUCUCCCUCGAUCUGGGGCUCCACGCAAGAUCUCACCCCGUGGGGUCAAAAUGAUCACAAGAACGGUGAGCAAAAAUCCCAGAACCACACGGGGGGACCUAGUGAAUGACCUGCAGAGAGCUGGGACCAAAGUAACAAAGGCUACCAUCAUUAACACACUACGCUGCCAGGGACUCAAAUCCUGCAGUGCCAGACGUGUCCCCCUGCUUAAGCCAGAAAAUGUCCAGGCCCGUCUGAAGUUUGCUAGAGUGCAUUUGGAUGAUCCAGAAGAGGAUUGGGAGAAUGUCAUAUGGUCAGAUGAAACCAAAAUAGAACUUUUUGGUAAAAACUCAACUCGUCGUGUUUGGAGGACAAAGAAUGCUGAGUUGCAUCCAAAGAACACCAUACCUACUGUGAAGCAUGGGGGUGGAAACAUCAUGCUUUGGGGCUUUUUUCUGCAAAGGGACCAGGACGACUGAUCCGUGUAAAGGAAAGAAUGAAUGGGGCCAUGUAUCGUGAGAUUUUGAGUGAAAACCUCCUUCCAUCAGCAAGGGCAUUGAAGAUGAAACGUGGCUGGGUCUUUUAGCAUGACAAUGAUCCCAAACACACCGCCCGGGCAAUGAAGGAGUGGCUUCGUAAGAAGCAUUUCAAGGUCCUGGAGUGGCCUAGCCAGUCUCCAGAUCUCAACCCCAUAGAAAAUCUUUGGAGGGAGUUGAAAGUCUGUGUUGCCCAGCGACAGCCCCAAAACAUCACUGCUCUAGAGGAGAUCUGCAUGGAGGAAUGGGCCAAAAUACCAGCAACAGUGUGUGAAAACCUUGUGAAGACUUACAAAAAACGUUUGACCUGUGUCAUUGCCAACAAAGGGUAUAUAACAAAGUAUUGAGAAACUUUUGUUAUUGACCAAAUACUUAUUUUCCACCAUAAUUUGCAAAUAAAUUCAUUAAAAAUCCUACAAUGUGAUUUUCUGGAUUUUCUUUUCUAAUUUUGUCUGUCAUAGUUGACGUGUACCUAUGAUGAAAAUUACAGGCCUCUCUCAUCUUUUUAAGUGGGAGAACUUGCACAAUUGGUGGCUGACUAAAUACUUUUUUCCCCCACUGUACAUGAUUUCACACUUGCAAUUGAUUGAUCAAAAGUAAAUAGUUGAAGUACAGGCUACGAUUCGUUUACUUUGAUGGAAAUGUCUCCCUGUGGAGUGUUCCUAUGGCUUGGAUGACUGUGACCUGGUAGGAUCCAGAUUUCCAGAGUCAUUUUACAGUAUUAUUUCAAUCACACUGUGCAGGACGCAUGCGAGAGCCACGAGGCAGGAGGUGUGUGUGUGUGUGUGAGAGAGAAGGGGGAGGGGUCUAGAGGGGUUCCUACAGCUUCUCAUUUCAAUGAACCAGGGCGGGGUUAAGACCAUCAUUGUGGGAAACGUUUUUUAAAGGAGUUUCAACAUUUUAAUAUCAUUACGAGAGGUUCGUGGGCAUCAUCAUCAUAGCAAGAGGAGAGGUAGAAACUUCUCGGUAGCCGGUAGGUGCAGGCUAUGAUCAUAGGUUAUCCCUCUAGGAAAAGUAGCCUACACUAUCGUUUCAACAUGCUUUUCUCAUGUAUGAUAACAUUAUACAAUGAAUUAGGUAUAUAUUUUCAGGUAUAGAUAGCCUAACCGUUUAACGGCGCGCAGUUACCAUGGCAAUGUCAGCUCUAACCGGAUUCUCCGUUGUCAGUUUGUUCAGUCUCGGCUACCUGUCGUGGGACUGGAUGAGCCCGAACCAGGUAGAGAACAAAUCCAUUACGAACUUUCGACACCGUUCGCCGGUACCGCAUCCCCCACACAUAAUCUUCAUCAUGACGGACGACCAGGGAUUCAACGAUAUCGGUUACCACGGCUCGGACAUCCAGACACCAACGCUUGAUAAGCUAGCAGCAGACGGAGUGAAGCUGGAGAACUACUACAUCCAGCCCAUAUGCACUCCGUCCCGCAGUCAGCUGAUCACCGGCAGGUUAGCACAUCUCUUAUGACAAGGCCGGUGGCAUAACACACCUUAAGUUAAUUUCCCCCUUAUCUUUUCCCUUAAAGUUUCCUUAACUUUAAAUCAGUUGCACAACACAUUUUAAGUUACAUUUCCCCCUUAAAUUAAGAGAAAAAGUUAAGGGUGCCCGGCAUGGGGUCCCUUAACUGCAUCAUUCAGUAUGGAUAUCAAUGUAAACAGCAUUUGUGGAGGUGAAUGUUGCUUUCAUCUGCCCUGGUUACAAAAGGAAAACAUCAAACAGCUAGCUAGCUACUGUACUUAGCUAAGCAAUGGCAGGUGCACAAUCCAUGGCUAACUUUACAACACUACUGUAGCUGGCUAGUUAGCUAUAGAUACUCUGUAAGCUAUCUUGACUUACUAGAAAGUAAUAUAAACAAGUUGAGAAACAAUAACUAUAAAAACGUGGGUUAUUAUCUUCUGAAGCAAUAUGGUUAUCCUGUCUUGAUUGUAUAAAUUCUAUUUUGCUAUCUUACAAAAUUAAAGCUAUCUCUUUGAGACAUUUAAUCAGUGAAUCAGGCCGUCUCCAUGGUAAACAGAUACUCUUUCUGCCAUACAUGCCUUCAAACUACUGUAAAACCCAUUUUUUAUGCCCUUACCUAAGGAAAUAUUUGAGGGGCUCUAUGCAACGCCCUUAAACAAUUACCUUAGGUAAGGGGAAAAUUAUUCCUUAAGGGAAAAACGUAAGAUGUUUUAUGGAACCGGGCCCAGACCUUAUGUAGAGAGGUGUUGUAUUAUACAAAUUAAUGAUUUAUUCAUAAAUAUGUUUUUGUGUGUGGCUUUUUUUGUAGGCAUUGUUUUGUCUGUGGGGUCUAUUCCCUAUAGAUGAAUGUGGAUCAACCAAUCCUGAGUAAUCAAUAGUAGUGGAUGAAUUGGUGGAAACAUAAAAAUUCAGUAUUGGUUGAGCCAUAUCUCUCUGUUUUUCUACUUAGAUUUUUUAUCAUUCAUAGUUGAUUUAUUGAUUAGGCUACUUUUAUUGUUCAUCAAUUACCUGAGUGACCAGGCAUUUUACUUUACAGUUUAUGCCUUUGUGACCUUCUGCCCAGGUACCAGAUCCACACUGGCCUGCAGCACUCCAUCAUCCGCCCCCGUCAGCCCAACUGUCUUCCCUUCGAUCAGGUCACCCUUCCCCAGAGACUACAGGAGGCUGGCUACUCCACCCAUAUGGUGGGCAAGUGGCACCUGGGCUUCUACAAGAAGGAAUGCCUGCCCACCCGCAGAGGCUUCGACUCCUACUUUGGCUCUCUGACGGGCAGCGUGGACUACUACACCUACAAGUCAUGUGACGGCCCAGGUACGUGUGGGUUCGACCUCCACGAGGGGGAGACGGUGGCGUGGGGUCAGGGGGGGAAGUACUCCACCCAUCUGUAUACUCAGAGGGUGAGGAAGAUCCUGGCAGCCCAUGAUCCCCAGGCCCAGCCUCUGUUUAUAUACCUCUCCUUCCAGGCGGUGCACACACCACUCCAGUCCCCGCCGGAGUACAUCUACCCAUACCGAGGCCUCGGCAACGUGGCCAGAAGGAAGUAUGCAGCCAUGGUGUCGGCUGUAGACGAGGCGGUGAGGAAUGUGACCUACGCCCUCCGCAAGUACGGCUACUACCAGAACAGCGUCAUCAUCUUCUCCACUGACAACGGAGGCCAGCCCUUCUCUGGGGGCAGCAACUGGCCUCUCAGGGGGCGUAAGGGCACCUACUGGGAGGGGGGCGUGAGGGGGUUGGGCUUCGUCCACAGCCCCCUGCUGAGGCGCAAGAGGAGGGUGAGUAAGGCCCUGGUGCACAUCACUGACUGGUACCCCACACUGGUGGGGCUGGCUGGGGGGAACGCCUCACUGACGGAAAAGCUUGAUGGGUAUGACGUGUGGGGGGCCAUCAGUGAGGGGAAGGAGUCCCCACGGCUGGAGAUCCUCCAUAACAUAGACCCCCUCUAUAACCCGGCCCGGAGCGGCUCCCUGCAGAACGGCUAUGGCAUCUGGAACACGGCCAUCCAGGCCUCCAUCCGGGCCGGGGACUGGAAGCUCCUGACUGGAGAUCCCGGAUACGGAGACUGGACCCCACCCCAGAUGCUCCCUGGUUUCCCCGGCAGCUGGUGGAAUCUGGAACGCCACCUAGAACCUCAGAAGUCUGUGUGGCUCUUUAACAUCAGCGGAGACCCCUACGAACGCUACGACCUGGCAGAGCAGCGACCGGACGUGGUCAAAGAGCUGCUGGCACGGUUGGUGUUCUACAACCAGACGUCGGUCCCUGUGCGGUACCCCUCGGAGGACCCCCGGGCCGACCCGGACCUGAACGGGGGUGCGUGGGGACCCUGGGCGGGGGACGAGGAGGACGAGCACUGGGUCGGGGUCUACCACAAAAAGAGCAAGGACAGAAAGAAGAAGUACAAGCUGUCCAAAACCAAAUCCUUCUUCAGAAGACUUAACACUAGGAUCAUGGCCAACCGGAUAUAG